AUGGAGAAAGCUGAUAAUGAAAAUCUCCAAUUCACGAAAUUCGAGCGCGCCGAUGACUAUUUCAAGCUUUUGAAUGACCUCCUCCAAGCCAAUCUUUGGGUGGAACCGAGCUCAGAAGAGGAUGGUAAUGAUAAAUGGGCAUUAUCCAAGCUUCAACUCCUUUUGGAUGAAUAUCAAGAACAAGCAUGGUUGCUCGAUCCGUAUCUGAAGAGAAUGCUUACACCCCCGAUCGAGUCGCUUCGAAAUUACACGCAUCAAUAUGUUAGGACCGAAGCUAAGAAGCGUCCCAGGAUUUCCUCUCGCGUCACCCAGUUGGCAAUGCUUAUUUAUUGGAUAACAAAAACGAGAGGGCACAAGACUGUUGCUCGCUUCUUUCCUCACCAAGUCCAAGAUGUAUCGACAAUGGUUUCCUUCGCUAGAAACUCAGAUCCAAUCAUGCAUGAGUCUACAAGCUGGUCCUUCCGCUACAUAUUGAUCCUCUGGCUGUCCGUCAUUGCAAACAUACCGUUCGAUUUGACUCGUUUCGACCAAGAUGCAAGUGAUUUGGAUACAGCAUCGACGUUGGAAAAUUUGGGGAAAACUUACUUGCAAAAAUCUGGUAUGGAAAGCGAAAGCUCUGCGCUGCUGUUGUCUAGGCUAUAUACGAGGAACGACACAUCGUCCCGAUUACCAAGCUUCCUGCAGUGGGCGAGGGAAUCGCUUUCCAGCAGAAAUGAAUUCCUUAUCAUAGGAAUCCUUCGAGUGAUGGGCGAGAUCUUCCAGUCCUCCACAAAUCAACAGUCUCUCGUCUACCGUGACCAGAUGAUAGACUUCAUUCGAACAAUUCACGACGAUACAGACUACACUGGCAAUACGGUGAUUCGAAAGUGGCUGAGUAAGCUUACUGGUCGUGCAAUGCUGGUCGUUCUUCCUCCUCCCAGGAGCUCAACGUCCCGGAAACGGGGUGAGUUUCUCAAAACCGAAGGGCCUGCGGAUUCGUAUGGAAACUCAGUAGAUGAUGACUUAUCAGACGUCCCAGAAGCCGUGGAAGAGGCACUCGAAUAUUUGUUCACAGCAUUAGAGGAUCGGGACACAAUCGUUCGCUACGCCGCCGCCAAGGCAUCAGCACGUAUCGCCGAACGACUCCCGUACGACUUCAUCGAUCAAAUUCUCGAUAACAUCUUUUCGUUAUUCUCUGUCCAUAUCGUCGAAGGAGGAGGUCAACUGGACCUCCCAGCCGCUGCGGAGGCUACAUGGCAUGGCGCCUGUCUUGCAUGUGCCGAAUUCGCUAGGCGGGGGCUCAUCUCCGAUAGAAGACUCCCUGAUCUCCUUAAUUGGAUGUACAAGGCUCUAUACUUCGAUGUACGAAGAGGCUCCCACUCCAUCGGCUCAAACGUCCGCGACGCCGCCGCAUAUGUCAUUUGGUCACUUGCGAGAGCUCAGACGAACGAUAGUCUACUACCAUUCGCCACUGAGUUGGCAAGAAGACUGGUCGCGGUUUCGGUGUACGACAGGGAAAUACACAUUCGCAGAGCGGCGAGCGCUGCCUUUCAGGAGAACGUCGGUCGACAGGGAAUCUUCCCUCAUGGGAUCGACGUACUACGCAAGACAGAUUUUUACGCUGUCAGCAUUAGGAGGACAGCCUUUCUGAAGUCCGCGCCUCAAGUAGCGGUGCACUUGGAAUAUCGGUCCUACUUCAUUGACCAUCUCGUUAAUGUCUCCCUCAAGCAUUGGGAUCCAGCUAUACGGUCGCUUUCCGCCCAGUCCCUUGGUUGUUUAUGCCAAUUAGAUUUGGGGAACCUCGGUCCCGAAAUGCUGCAUCGAUUGUCUCCAAUGCUGAAAUCAACGGAACUGAAUGAAAUUCAUGGCUCUCUUUUGAGUCUUUCUGAAUUGGCUUUGGCGUUUCACUCUGCCAUUCCGCCUCGGGAAGCCGAUCGACUCGAGGUCUUCAAACUGCUGGGAAGAGUACCCCCUUCCGUGCUCAAGAAGUAUGGCAAUGAACUCGUGCUCGGAGCCCUUUGCGACCUCAUUGCGACCUCUGCAUCUGAAAUUGCCUUAAGUCUCCCCGAAGCUUCUACAUGGUGGCGCCCCGUUCUUGAUCGAUGCAUUCAACAUCGUAACGUUGCAGUGCAAGAAGCUGUUGCGCGUGCAUUUGCGUCCACCAGCCAACUGGUGUUGUGCAAGGAUGUCCUAACAUAUAAUUGCACAGCUGUAACGCAACUCCAUACCAGUCCGCCUUCUGCACAACAGAGUCUGGCUCGAGUAUUGGGUAUCCUAUCAUACUCCAAAUUGCCUCACGGCGUCAAUGACGCCAUUUCUUGCCUUUUAAACUGUGUGGACGUCAAUUCAUCAAAAUUCUCGAAAAAUGUGGAGGCGCGUCGAAAUGCUCUGGAAGCCUUGGCUCGUAUUGUGGAAAGUUCAUCUUUCGGCACCCUUCAAGAGAUUGGCCAGUCAAAGUUCCAGGAAAUAUUCGGAGCUUUCAUAAAUGGCCUUAAUGACUACACCACUGAUGAGCGUGGAGAUGUGGGCUCCUGGAUACGGAUAGCUUGCGUACGAGCGAUCGGCGCGUCUAUAUCUCGACUUUUCGUAGAAAAACAACUAGCGACCUUGGAAGAUUGGUUACCUCAGCCAACGUAUCACCUUGCUAUUUCCGGAACAUUGAAGCAAGGCGCGGAACGUCUCGACAAUGUUCGUCAAGAGGCCGGAAUCCAAAUACGUAGUGUACUGCAACGAAUCGGUGGUGGGACAGGGACCAAGGGCUAUGAUGCAUAUCACCUGGAUGGAGAAGAGACGCUUUGGAAGUUAUUCGAUUCGGAGCAGACUGAGUGGUUAAAUCCUGCCUUCAUCUUCCCAAGAAUCGUGGAGGUUCUUCGAAUUCCUACCUACCGGAAACAAGUGCUUCAAGGGUUGACACUAAGCGUCGGAAGCCGGAAUGAAAGCACCCUUCGACCGGCGUCUGAUGCAUUAGUCCAACUAUCCUCAACUCUUCCCAUUGUCUCUUCGAAUCCUGAUGAUGAUGACACCAGCCUUGUCACAUUAUUGGAUGAUUUACACUUCAUCGGACGUGAGAACUAUGCUUCCAAUCAGAGCUUUGUGCCAGUGAUGCUAGCUUUCGAGCUGAUUUUACGAGAGGCAUCGAUGGAGCGAAUCAGUGACUCCGAAGACGGUAGCGCUAUUCUCAAGAAAACCCUCGAUCUUGCAUGCAGAAACUUGAGCAAGUUUAAGAACAUUCAACGAAUUACGGCUUCGAUGAAAGUGUCAAUCGUCAUGCUUUCUUGCCCACGUUUACGACGACAAGCGGCUUCCUACGUAGAGUUUUUCCUGAGUCAUUCGUUCCCAACUAUUCGUUCUGCGACCGCCGAACAGCUAUACUUGGCCCUACAGACAUAUCCGAUAGUCGAGGAGGAGGAUGAAGAAAUCGAUCGCUUACUGCUGGAGACUCCAUGGUGCGUAGAUGGAUCAAAAACUUUGCUUUGUUUGUUUGUUUGUUUUUGCUGA